AUGUCGCAAAAGAUUGUCAUUAUUGGCGCUGGAUUCGCCGGUAUGUACAGCGCCUUGGCUUCCCGACGCCUAAUUUCACAAAAUGGCAAGGACGAAGACAUCGACGUGGUUGUGAUUGCUCCAGAACCAAUUCUUGCUGUCAGACCUCGACUUUACGAAGCAGACCCAGCGACAAUGGCUGCUCCCCUUGAAGCCCUCUUCAACGCAACGGGAGUGAAGUUUGUUCAGGGUCUGGCUAAAGCCAUUGACACCAAGACCAAACUGGUUGAAGUGGCAAGCACCCGGGGGAAGAAAACUCAAAUUGAAUACAGCAGGCUCAUUUUGGCCGCAGGAAGUCACUUGAAAAUGCCAAACGUCAACGGCUUGAAAGAGCAUGCCUUUAACGUAGACCAGUUACAGUCCGCAAUAGUGUUGGACAAGCACCUUCACGAUCUGGCUCAGACGCCUAAUAGUCCUGCUCGCAAUACUGUGGUUGUUUGCGGAGGAGGUUUUACUGGCAUUGAGUUGGCAGCAGAGCUGCCUGCCCGAUUACGUUUGAUCCUAGGAGACGAAGCAGAAACACGGGUCGUCGUCAUCGAACGCAAUCCGGAAAUUGGGCCAGGACUGGGCCCUGGUCCUAGACCGGAGAUCGAGAAAACCUUAAGAGAGUAUGGAGUGGAACUGAAGCUGGGUACUGCAGUAGCUUCAGUCGAUGACCACGGCGUGACUACUUCUACUGGCGAGAGAGUCGAGGCCAGCACGGUGGUCUGGACUGGUGGUAUGGUUGCCACUGAAUUGACGCAACAGAUCCCAGGGGAAAAGGACGCACUUGGUCGACUUCUAGUAGACAAGAACCUUCGUGGUCUGGAAUCUCCCGAGGUUUUUGCUACAGGAGAUGCCGCAAGCGCCGCUACCGAUGAUGCUGGGCAUACUGCAUUGAUGAGUUGUCAGCAUGCUUUGAUGCUUGGUCGUUCAUCUGGCCACAAUGCCGCCGCCGAUCUGCUCCAGCUCCCAAAUCGCCCUUAUAGUCAACCCGUAUACGGGACAUGCCUUGAUCUCGGCCCCAAGGGAGCAGUGGUAACCAGUGGCUGGGAUCGCCAAAUCGUGUUCACUGGCAGCCAGGCCAAGUCGGUCAAACAAUUUAUUAACACUACUCUCAUCUAUCCCCCGCCAGCUAACGCUGAAGAAGCUUUCACCAUCGCAGACCCAGAUUACCAGAUUCCAACGCUGGCCCCUCCGUCGACGGUCACCGUGGAGUCUUGA